AUGCAUAAAGACUCGAUUGUUGUUGAACGCUUAGAAGGUACACCAUUUGGCUGCACCAUUAAACUCCCAACAUACUGCCAAAACGAUCCUGCCAACUUGAAUGAUGAAGAUUUUCGAGUGUUGAAUGAAGCUGUUCAAACUCAUUUGGUAGUGGUUGUUCCCGACCAGGCUGAGCUUGCACCAAAGUCACAAUACUUGCUAACUAAAAGAUUCGACCCUUCAAUUCCCGAACCAAAGGAGGAAAAUGGCGCUGGUUACGGCCACGGUAAGGAAUUUAGACAUGAUAAGUCAGUGUUAAAAAAGGAUGGAUGUUCAGUGAAGUCGCAACCUCAAGUUCAAAUCCUUGGCCAAGGAAGAUUUGGAGCAGAUGAACCAGGUAAUGAAAAUGGAGAAGCUAUUAACUUGACACACCCUUCGCACACCACUUUUCACCACACCCCUUUGACUGAGAAGCAAAUAAAGGAGGAAAAGAGGACAAGAUUCUACAGGUGGCACAUUGAUAGUGCUUUGUAUGGAUUGUCGCCUCCAAUGGUUACCACAUUGCUUGGUAUCAAGGUUCCCCCUGCCACACAAUACCAAACUAUCAAAUACGAAGAUGAUGGCAGUGAAUUGAAAUUGACACAAGGUGCUACUUGUUUCAUCAGUGGAGCACAAGCAUUCCAAGGAUUGAGUGAAGAAGACAAACAGUUUGCUUUGAAUACUACUGUUGAGUAUGCUCCACAUCCUUAUAUCUUUAUUUCCCCAGCAAGAGCUACAUCUGAUGGAUUAACCAUGGUUUCUGAAGGCAAAGAGAUGGACUUUAAGGAUUUGCCAGAGUGGGAGAGCCUGAAGGUUAAGAAGUUGCCAAUGGUUUGGACAAACCCAACCACAAAGGAGCAUCAUUUGCAGGUACACGGGUGCUGUUUAUACAAGUUACAUACAAGUGUAAACGGUGAAGUGAAAACGUUGAAUUUGAAGGAGUCGAGGGAAAAAGUACAUCAAAUGAUGAGGCCAGCCAUAGCUCCAGAAAAAGUUUUGGCUCACUCCUGGAAACAAGGGGAUUUGGUGUUGUUCUUCAACCGCGGUGUUUGGCAUUCAGUCACUGGUGAAUUCAAAGGUUUGGGAAGCGAUGGUAAAGAUGAAAGAAGAUUGAUGCAUCAGUGUAAUAUUGCUAGUGGGUUAGAUCCAGUAACUGUAAGUGUAUAG